UACAUAUUAAUCUAACCUGAUAUGAAGUGUGGCCGUUGUUGAUUGUCUCACUCCAAUCCUCUCUUUUAAUCUCCAAAGCCAAACCAAAGUAGUCUACGACUGGCAGUGGCUGGUACGUGAUAAAAGUUAGUGUUCGCUUUUAGCAGCCAAAAAUACAGCAAGAAUACAUGUUCAUGGUUGAAAGUGACGAGCUCCAGCUUCUCUCUGUUUUGCCUCCACAUAACAUUGUGACGUCACAGUGAGGUAGGCCAUUAAAGGGUCUAUAUUCCACACUGUGCUUUAGUGUAAUCACGACCUCACAGGAAACCUACUGGAACUGAGCCUCCAUCAAUACACCCCCAUAUUAGACAUAAGCAUAAUUAUUACAAGUCAAACGGUCUUUUUAAAUGGGGAUAAUGCAGUUUAUUAACCCCAAAGAGAUUCACGUCCAGUUUGAACAAAUUCAAGACACGUUUUUAGUAGCUCACCGAGAUAAAAGAUAGUUCAGCUAAUGAUCUCAUACCUCAGACCGAAGUAAAAACGCAUUUAUCAUUCAUGUUUGUUAUAUUUUAAUAUUUUUAAUGUGUCAGAAGACCUGCUGACAGGAUAAGACAGGAGAGUUAAAUGUGAAUUCAAAAUAGUAUUGCUACAAACAGAAACAAUACUAAUGCUAAAAUGUUUACUAUCAGCUUUAUUGUGGAAGAAUCUACUUAAAUGUUUAUCUGACUUUUUCUAACUCUUAAAUAAUAACAAUUCCUAUUUAUUAUUAUGAACUAAAUUUUGCCUAAAUGAGCCGUACUCUGAAAUGAUCUCCAUAUUGUACUGAAUCUAUUCAUGUUUAUUUCACUGGCUCCUAACUCAGCAAUUGUUAUUACCCAACACUGACGGGGUAAUCUGGAAGAUCUGGAGAUCACACUCACCUCGCUUCAACCACUGAACAGUUGAGCUCACAAAUCGACUGAGUCACUACAUCGUGUUGUCGGUCACCUCCUCCUGAUCGAGGACUAGCUCGCCAGUGAAACUGUGAAAUGUAAACACCCUUUACUCUAAUUGAGAUCAGUGUCCUUGGUGACCUGGUCAGGAAUCCUCUGUGUUUGUUCCUCCACUGAGUUUGCCCUGACUGAGGGGUCAACGGGAGCAGAGGGAGGAUGUGUGAUGUAUCACCGUCUUCAAAUCGGGUGUGGAUAAUAGGACGUGGCAGCUGUUGGGUUGUUGAUCUAGGAAAUAUUAUCUGUAAGCUAUUCAGAAAGGGUCCGAUCCACAUAAAGCAACAAAUUAUUCUCCUAAUCCUAUUCAUAGCAACACUUUUGAAAAGAAAAUAUGCUUGAAUGAUAUUGUCUGCCCCUACACUAAUUCAUUCAAUGACUUGAAUUUCCUAUUCAAUCGAUGUGAGAGCAUUUGUACGGCGGUGAUCCCAGGGGGGUCAGCGCUGUUUGCAGGUGAUAAUUGGUACUGGCCAGGUCCUCUGCCCCUCUCGUCCCUAGGGGAUGUUUUAUUUCACCCCUGUGGACAGGGGGGCCGAAGGGGUCAGUUAUGGGUGGGACAAAUAGAGAAAGAUGAUGGAGAUGUGUGUUGGCGGGACUUCUGGACUGGUACAUAUACUGAGGAGAAGGAAGAGGAGGACGAGGGCGUUGAGUGUCUCUUUGGUGAAAUACUUCCAAAAGUGUGUGGUACAGAGAACCGCAGUGUCUGAGCAGCUGAAGAACAAUCAGGUUGAGCUUCUGCAGAGACACCGAGGGACACCUGUACUGACAAAGCUGUGAAAGCCGUAACUGAGUGGGAAUAUCAUGUGCGUGUCUCGGCUGGUUUUGCUGAUGGGGCUGCUUCUCUGUGUGGGGGCUCAGCUGUCCUACGCCCAGCACUGGUCCCACGGUUGGUACCCCGGAGGCAAGCGGGAGUUGGACUCCUUCGGCCCAUCAGAGAUCUCAGAGGAGCUCAAGCUGUGUGAGGCAGGGGAAUGCAGCUACUUGAGACCCCAGAGGAGGAGCAUCCUCAGAAACAUUAUUCUGGAGGCCUUAGCCAGGGAACUCCAGAAGAGAAAGUGACAGCUUUUUGUCUUAAACUGCUUUUGUACCAAGUGACCCUCUUUUUUUUCUGUAUCCAUGCAUUGACAUGAUUCUGUGAUCUUGUGAUUUGUCAUAUUUGUCAGUAAAUUUGUUUUCCAGCUUUGCAUUGUUUUUCCUUGUCGCACACAAAUGUGGAAGUUACAAUGGUCUACAAUAAAGCAUCUAUUUUGAUAUUAA